AAUCCGACUCAAUCACAUAUCCUUGUUUUAAGUAGCAGCCUCGACGCCACAACCAGGGUCUCGCCUUGUGACAUUGCAGUUUCAAUAUCUACACGCUGGCCUCUUUGCACUUCCCACGUAAGCGUCGGCCUGUAAUCGACCGAGAGGCUUCUUAUAGUGAGGCCGAAAGUACUUUACAGUAGCAACACCACGAUGCGCUCCGCAGAACAGGUCUUCUACCUAGCGAUAUUUUCGCUGCUAGGUGGAUCUUAUGCUGCAAGCCAUGCUACCAAAUCAAACACUCCUGUGCCAAACGUUUGCGAUAUAUCGCCUGGAGCGAUAGUAUCCGACGCCUGCGCAAGCUAUAAUACCCUCGAGCAGCUCAAUGAAGCCAUACACCCGUACCUCGAAUCCAUCACACACGACACCGACUUCUUCUCGCACUACCGGUUGAGCCUGUAUAGUAAGAAGUGCCCCUUCUGGGACGAUGAAGAUGGCAUGUGCGGGAACGUAGCAUGCGCGGUGAACACAUUAGAUAAUGAAGAAGAUAUACCAGCGGUCUGGCGCGCAAAGGAACUCGGUAAACUCGAGGGACCGACCGCACAACAUCCGGGACGAAAGCAGCAAAGAGAGGAGAGGAAACGGCCUUUACAGGGAGGUCUAGGCGAUGAUGUGGACGAAAGCUGUGUGGUGGAAUAUGACGAUGAAUGCGACGAGCGCGACUACUGUGUGCCAGACGACGAAUCAGCGACUGCGAAGGGAGACUACGUAUCGCUCGUAGACAACCCAGAACGCUUCACCGGAUAUACUGGUGUAGGAGCUCAACAGGUCUGGGAAGCUAUAUACCGCGAAAACUGCUUCAGCAAACCUCCCAAGAAUGCGCCUUCGAAUGGCCAGUCCACGUCACCCGGAUCGCUUUUUGGCGGUUUCGGAAAUCAGCAACAGAUGCAAGCUGCGAGCCAGCUCAAAAACGUCAUGCAAGAGCAAGGCAAGAAGCAAAAGGUCCAGUCAGCUAUUGCUCACGGUACUCCUGUUAACAGUCUGGACCCAGUCGAAUUUGACGACACGUGUCUAGAGAAGCGUGUCUUCCACAGAGUCAUCUCUGGCAUGCAUGCAUCCAUCUCUACGCAUCUGUGCUGGGACUACUUGAAUCAGACAACAGGUCAAUGGGGGCCCAACCUAGCCUGCUACGAGGAACGCCUCCACAAGUAUCCUGAGCGUAUCUCCAAUGUCUACUUCAACUAUGCCCUCGUCAUGCGCGCAGUUGGCAAGACAAAGCGGCACAUCUCCGACUAUUCUUUCUGUUCUGAAGACCCCGAGCAAGACCUUCGCACCAAGAACUCUGUCCUCCGCCUCGCGUCCGCCCUUCCUUCCGGCCCCGAGAUUUUCGACGAGACAGUCAUGUUCCAAGAGCCAGACACCGUGGCCUUGAAAGAGGACUUCCGCAACCGUUUCAGGAACGUGAGUAGGAUCAUGGACUGCGUAGGCUGUGACAAGUGUCGCCUCUGGGGAAAACUACAGACAAAUGGCUACGGAACUGCGCUCAAGGUGCUCUUCGAGUUUGACGAGAACGAUUCCUCUAAAGACCCGCCGCUGCGCCGCACUGAGCUGGUAGCACUCAUUAACACUAUGGACCGCCUGUCGCAUUCUCUCAUCGCGAUCAAAGAGUUCCGUCGCAUGAUCGAUGAGCGCGAUGGCGUAGCUGACGCCGAUGCAACCACGAUCCCUGAAACCGACCAAGGAGUGCUCAAGACCAAGUUAGCUCUAAAAGAGUCGGAAGAGGCUCAGCCAAUCAAUGUGCUGACUGGCAACGAUGAAGUCCCAAAAUUCACGCGUGACUGGGACACUAGGCAAAUGACUGUAUGGGAUGAAAUCAAGGCAGAGUAUAUGCUAGUACAACGCACAUUCAUUACGAGGAUCUUCAUCCUUGAAAUGGGCAGGGUUUACGAUUGGUGGAUGGGCUUCGUUCCUGGUCCGAGGAGUUGGGAGAUCCGCAUCCCGAGACCGGAUGAGCUCUGA